AUGAUUCCAUAUCUCCCAGAAAUCCUCGGACUCCCUGCUGUGCCCGCGAGGCCACGCCCACUUCACAUGGAGUUUGACGCUUCAAUUUUGAAUUCGUUUCGAAUCGAAGUGACUGAUUCUCUACACAAAGGCCACGAUAUUAUACGAAGCUUCCCCAGAACUUACAAAUCCUUCAUUUAUGUCGAUACCGAGAAUUCCUACACCACUCUACCUCACGGCACCGAUUUGGCCCUACUCAGAUUCUGUGACAUUGCCACCGUGUUGUAA